GAAUUCCGGGACAAUGAUUGAUUGAUAUCUUCAUCGUUGAUUAGUCCCCAAUUUUUCUUUUUCUUCCUUUUCUAGCAUAGCAGGCUUGAAAAUUAAGUUUGGUGCCACAAAAGACGAAGAAGGAGAUGCAUCUAUGGCCGUCGAUGAGGCUGAGGGACUCUUUCAAGGAGAGUUACUUGAAGAAAUUGGAAUGGAAUCUUCAUCGAAUGAACAUCGAAAAGCGGCAGCAGAAGCAGCAAGAGCGAAAUCAGACUGAUCGCACUCAGCAAAAGCUUCUGGAAACCGACCAUAGUGAUUCGGAAGAUUCGGGGUGUGGAGGAAUUGCUGUGAUAUGCAGAGAAAUUCUCAUGAUUCUCUCCUGCUGUUACUGUUGUUUCUGCUGUGGAGCCUGUGUUGUUGAUGAAGAAAGCAGCUGAAACACGAGGAACCUCGAGUCCUGAACUUGUACUCGUACAAAAUACUUAGAUGGUAAAGGAAACAUUGAAACAAAAACACAUUAUGUUUAUUGUCACGAAUGUGGUAGAUUAUGUACCUAGUUCUUUCAAAAUCUGUUUGAGCUUUUCUUAAUCUAUAUUCUGAUGUGCUCAAACUCUUGUUCAUGCUUUUUAAUCUGAGUUUGAGCACUUGUAUUAUAUCAAGAACCUCAAUAUCAUUUUGGUAUUCCAACUAAAUCAAAGCUUUCCACCA